CGUCUGAAUUGUCUGAAACUGUGAAUUCUGAAAGUUUAUGAAGAAUUUUCGAAAUCAAAAACAUAAAACAAAAGAAAAACAUUAUUAAAUUAUAACUUGUUUAAAGUACACACGUGAUUGUUAGUUUCCUAAAUCGACAGUAAUAAUUGUAAAUGAGUGAAAUUUCUCUAUACAAUCCAUUGAGUUUUUCUCGUUUUUGUCGAUCACUCCACAUGUUUUGUUUCCCGUCUUUUCUUCUUUUACUUUCGCAAAAUAUUUAGUGUUACAUUAGAAGCGUUAAAAAUAAUAUUCGUGGUAAAUUAAAAAUCGUUCAUUUUCUAUUCUUAGGGAAAAAAAUUACAAAAGGAAAACAUUCACAUUUUGUAGAAUACACAAGAAAUAUGUCAGCGGAAUUUCUUUCAACGUCGCAAAUUAUGCUUCCGAUGGAAAAGAUUGACGACGAGUCAAUUGCCGAGGAUGAAAUGAAGCAUCGAACUGAUUUGAUGAAAGCGGAGAAUCUUCAUUGGCAAACAAUUUACGAGGACGAGAAGAAACGUCUCGAUGAGCUCAUGAAAUGCAAGGAUUACAAGAAGCAACAACAUUUUUUCAAAACCGAAUUCACAAAGUUGAACGACUACAUAGAAAAUUUAAAACAAGACGUGACUGUUAUUAACGAACAAUACAAUUUUCAUGGAGAAAAAUUUGCUCUUGUUGUUAAACAUCAGGACCAAGUUUUUGAAUUAUUGGCAGCAAUCAAAGAGAAAGAUGUAAAAAUAAAUAAAUUUCACUCGGACAAUAGAGGAGAAGAACAAAGUUGGAGUGAAAUUCGUUCUCGAAGGGAUUCGAUUGAAAAUGAAAUUUUUCAACUUGAAAAUUUAUUGAUUGAGAAAAGGUGUAAAAAUAGUGAAUAUGAGAACUUUCAAGUGGAACUGAAAGAAGAAGAGGACAAAAAAUUGGAGAUCGAAAACGUUUUGAAAGGAAAGAGGAAGGAAAAAAGUGAUCUCGAUGAUAUUAAUUCGAAAGAGAAGGAAAAUCAUGAGAACCUGCAUGGACUUAAGAAGCAAAUUGAAGAUCUGAAUUUAAAAAUAGCGGAAAAAAAGAAACGAGAAGUGGAAAUGAAGGAAUUGGAGAAAUUUUUGAAAACUUUAGAAGAUCAAAGGAAAUCAAAAUUGGACGAUGAACAAAGAAUUCAAGCCGAACAAACGGCGGAACUUGCAAAAUUCGAAAAAUUACUAGAAACUUCCGUUGAAAAGUUGGAAAAUUGCGAGAAAAAUUACGAAGAAGUUUGCAAAACAAAUGAUUUGCCCUUAAUUAGUUUUAAAGAAAUCGAAGAGUCGAAAAUUGAAGAGAUUCUCAAGAAUUAUGAGGAAAAUAAUAAUAAAAAAAUUAUUGAACUCGAAGAAUCAGUUAAAGAAUUGGAUAAUUUGCGUCAAUUUUCAGAGGAAGAACAUUUACAGAAACAAAAGGAUUUGAAAGAAGCGGAAAAUCUUUUACAAGAGAGGAAAAAUAAAAUCGAAGAAGAUAAACGAAUUAUUGAGGAAAAGCGAGAGAAAAUAAAGGAGAUGAGAGAAAAAAUUACGAAGCAAAUGCAAGAAAAGCAGGGAAAUUUACAGCUUCAGGAGAAUGGACAAAAGAAAAAGAAUGAAUUGGAGAGUAAAAUUGAGGAAUUAAAGAACGAAAACUAUCAGGAGACGGAGAAAAUUGGAUUAUUGGAAAAUAUGAAAAAAGACAGUUUAGAAGUGGCGCAACACGUUGAGGAUGCAUUGAAAGUUCGUAAAAAUUUAAUCGCCGAGGAAACUGAAUUGAAAGAAACAACAGAGGAAAAAUUAAAAUUCAUUGAAAAUAGUAUUGUCAAUGAAACCAGGGAAUUUAAUGAUUCGACUCUUGCACUCGAGACGGAAAUUCAAGGGAAUGCUAAGAAUAUUGCUCAGAUGAAGCGUGAAAUAAAGAAACGUGACGAUAAGGAAAUGAAGAAAGAACGAGCGCUUCGAGAGAAAUUGAAAAAAUUGCAGGAGGAGGUGAAAAAAAUUAAAGCUCAGAAUCAAAAGAAAAAAGACGAGUACAAAUUUGAUGAAAUGGAGGCGAAUUUAAUGGAAGAAACUAAAAUCGAUAGUCUAAAAUCAAUUUUAAAACCAUUAUCAGCGACGAAUAAAAUGGAAAUUCCGCUUGAAUCGAAAUCGCCAAGAAAAGUUCAAUUUGACAUUGAAUCGGACGAAUCAACUCUCUCACAAUUUCCAUUAACACAAAGGCGACCAUCGCCUUAAAAAAAACUGCUUUUCUCUUUUUUCGUAUUUAUUUCUUCUUUUCAUUUUCUCAUAAAUUGAAUUUCUAUUUUAUUUUAAUUUUUUUUAAAACAUUUAAACAAUUAUCUUGAAAUUUUUUUUUUAAAUUAUAUAUUAAAACAAAACUGUUUAAAAAAUAAUUCUCAAAAAAUAUGUUAAUAUAAAACUGAACUUAAUUUUAGUCAAUUAAAUUGAUUGAAAAGAAUAUCUCAAUUAAUGUAAAAUUUAAUUUAAUUUCAGUCAAUUAAAUUGAUUGG